ACAGCUCGGUUCCCCUGGGCAGCUAUAAGGAGCACGCCGUGAGCCCCGCAGAUAAAGAUGGUUGUCCUAUCUAAAGAAUAUGGGUAUGUGGUCCUGACAGGAGCUGCCAGCUUCAUAAUGGUCACCCACUUAGCCAUUAAUGUGGGCAAGGCUCGUAAACAGUAUAAAGUAGAGUAUCCCAAAAUGUACAGUGAUGACCCAGAGAAUGGCAACAUCUUUAACUGCAUUCAGAGGGCACAUCAGAACACCCUGGAAUCCUACCCACCCUUCCUGUUCUUUCUAGCAGUUGGUGGACUCACUCACCCGCGUGCUACUAGUGCUCUGGGUGUGGCCUGGAUAGUUGGCAGAGAGCUCUACGCCCAUGGCUAUUCUACUGGUGAUCCAAGCAAGCGCAUGAGAGGUGCCAUCGGUUCAUUUGCUCUCCUAGGUCUCUUUGGUGCUACAGUUUGCUCUGCCUUCAAAAUACUCAACUGGACACUGAACCCAAAGACCUGGUGUUGAACCAGCUACAAGAAAUGCUAGAAUUCUUUUUCACUGUAUGUAACCGACCAGUCCAGGGCAAUGUCUGCUGUGUAGCCAGCAACCCAGGGCGCAGCACAGGCCAAGGUUAACUGAUCCUCAACUUAUGCCUGGGGGAACAUGAUUUCCUAAAGUAAAAUCUACUGGAACAAA